UCGCGGAGUGACACGCCCCUGAGAGCCUCGUUCGAGCGUCGCGAUGGAUGGCGCUGGUCUUGUCUACCAGCAGAUGGUGCACGCUUUCGCCGACGCCUACAACACCGCCCUGUGCAGCGCCCGCCCGCCCACGCCCGACAGCGGCUACAGUUCCUUCAGCCCCGCGUCCACGCCUCCUCCGAGCCCCACCAGGCUGUGCCCUUCGGCCACCCCGACAGACGCGUGGGCGCCCUUCACCACCAUGGCGCAGCCCCAGCGGCCGCCGUCCGCCCCGCUCGGCGCCUUCCAGGAGUUCCCGCAGCUCUACACCGCCACAGGAGCCACCGCGCCGCCGCCGCCGCCCCCGGCCUCCUCGGCAAGCAGGGCCUCCUGCCGCCCAAGGCCGCGUCGCCCGCCCAGAGGAGCAGCCCUCCGCAGUACCGGACGGACGGCUUCCGGCCCUCCAGCAUCCCCGCCAGCCCCGGCGCCGCCAGCGUCAAGCCCGCGCCCGCCUCGCCGCUGCUGUCCAUCGAGAACAAGCGCUGCGACCCCCAGCAGCAGCAGCUCCAACAGCAGCAGCAGCGGCAGCCGCGGGCGGGCAGCGCCCCGGGCUCGCACGCCCCGAGCAAGGCGCAGAAGAGCUCGCGCUCGAGCAGCCGCUGCGGCGCCAGGAAGCAGCGGUCGGGGCGCGAGGUGACUGACGGCGUCAGGAAGAAGCGCCGCCUGGCCGCCAACGCGCGCGAGCGCCGCCGCAUGGACAACCUGAACCAGGCCUUCGACCGCCUGCGCUCCGUGCUGCCCCAGCUGUGCGACGACCGGAAGCUGUCCAAGUACGACACGCUGCAGAUGGCGCACACGUACAUCACCACGCUGGCGGACCUCCUCAUAUAGCCUCCGGCCGGCGUGGAGGCCGCGUGAGCCUCCUGCGAGGUUGUGCUUCCUCCUCCUCCUCCUUCGCGAGGGCGUGAAGGAGGACGAGGCCUUCCCGAGGACCCCCGUCGCACCAGGCAAGCUCAAGACAGUGCCAAGCCACGUGGCGAUCAGGCCCGCGCCUCAGUGCCAGCCGCCCGCCGACCCCUCCUCCGAGCCGCCCACGAGGACCCGCCGUGCCAGUGCCCGCCCAGUGCCCGCCCAGUGCCCCGCCCAGUGCCAGUGUUGGAUCUCCGAGCGUGCGAACUCAGCCUUGCGAGAGCGUAGCCUGCGAGACGGCUUCCCUGCACGAGAGAAACACGAAACUGGCGUCCAUGAAAAAGACAAAAGCGAAACUGAUGCUGUGAGCUGUAUUGUGAUGUGUUGCCAUGUAUCAAAAAUAUAACGACGUGUUAAGUUUGUAUGAAUGUUGAAAUCUGACGAAGGAGAGACGAAUUGUGUCGCAUUCAGUCCAACAUUUUUUUUUUUAGUUUAUAUUCAAUGAAAAGAAAAAAAAAUGAGUUGUUAUAUUCAAGAGGUAUAUUGGACUUGACUCAAAGACAUUACAGUAUUACUGAAUUGUACAUAAAUGUUUAUCUAGUCAACCAUUUUUCUCAUGUAAAAUUGUAUGAUAAUAAAUACACUAAUGAAA